AUGGACGUGGGGUCUCUCGAGGAGUUCAUCGACGAGAACCACUGCAUCGUCUCGACCCCGAUGGGCCCCGAGUACUAUGUGAACAUCCUCUCCUUCGUGGACAAGGAUCAGCUCGAGCCCGGCUCAUCGGUGCUCAUGCACCAUAAGAACCUCAGCGUUAUCGGCAUCCUCGCGGACGAGGUGGACCCGCUGGUCAGCGUCAUGAAGGUGGACAAGGCGCCGCUGGAGACGUACUCAGACAUCGGCGGCCUCGAGGAGCAGAUCCAGGAGAUGAAGGAAGCCGUGGAGCUGCCGCUCACGCACCCCGAGCUCUACGAGGACGUCGGCAUCAAGCCGCCCAAGGGCGUGAUCCUGUAUGGGGUGCCUGGCACAGGCAAGACGUUGCUGGCCAAGGCCGUGGCCAACGAGACCUCGGCAACCUUCCUGCGCGUGGUGGGGAGCGAGCUCAUCCAGAAGUACCUCGGCGACGGGCCCAAGCUGGUCCGCGAGAUGUUCCGCGUCGCCCAGGCGCUCAACUCGAAGAACAAGCGUGAGUUCACCACCAAACGUUCGAUGCGAAUCAGGGACAACAUGGAUCGGGACAUCAACUUCGACAACGCAUCCCGCCUGCAAGCGUCACUGGACCUUGUGACAGUGCGCGGCACAUUCCCGGGCGAGAACGCUUCUUCCCCGUCGGAGCAGUCUCGCGCGAACAGGAGUUAUCUGGCCGCGGCGACCAAACAGCACCGCCGCGGAGAGCAGAUGCCGACCCCGGAGAGGCCAUCCUGGGAGAUCGCCAUCGUUGCGGUUAGCGCGAAGCACCACAUGACGCACAUCUUUAUCAUCGGCGCGGUGCUCUCCACAGGCACGCACAAGGAGAGCAUAUCCCAUAAGUUCGGCCGCAGUUCGAGCGCCCUCGCAGACCGCGUCACGGUCGCGGUCGACGAAGUGGGCAUGGGCGACAAGGAGAUGCAUUUGAACGACGAGGCCUGGAAGACGCACGCUGCCGCGCAGAAGCUGGCGGCGCAUCGGCGCCACAGCGGAGUUUGGAAGCACGCCGCCGCGACGAACGUCCAGCAGGCGCUGCGCAUGGAAAGAGCAGCGAACCAGGCGGACGCGAUCCUUCUCCACAUUAGCGAGGACAAGAACGCGAGGCGACCGUCGCGGGGCGAGGGGUGGCUCCUUGACUACGCGAGCCCUGCAGCAGCGGCGCAGGUCGAGGGGGGUGGCGACCCCGACGAGAGCUUCUCCAUCGCGCGCAAGAUGCCACGCAAAACGCUGACAAGGUUUUUGAUUACAGGGAACAACAACAUACCCCAGACCUUCUGCAAGUGGUGCAACCAGCAGAGGAGGGCGGAGCCUCGCCCGGCAUUCAAGGACGCGCGUCUGGAGAUCGAGCCUGGCAAGGCAGCGGUGGGAAUCAGAAAGAGCCCCGAGGUCAACUGCUACGCGCACACGGAUUUAUCCACCACGUUCAAGCCCCCCGCCGCCGACGCGGGCAGGCACGACCCGAUGAUGGCAACCCUCUACGGCGACGACGUGGAGCCCAAGGAGAUCGAGUGCAUUGGCGAGGCGCUGGCGCUAAAGCACCAGCGGCAGCCACCUCGCGCGCGAUCUAGCCCGCUAUACCCCGGCUAA